AUGUCAUGCAACCGACACGUGUCCAUCACCCAGAGAACAAGACACCGCAGCCGUGAAAGCCCCCAGUUUUCCGCGCAAAUUCCGCCGGUUACCACCUCUCACAGCCGGUUGUUUCCUACCAUUAUCUCCCUGAAUAGUCUCCCGGUGGUGUUUCAGGCGGGUAUGAGGGUGGUGCAGGGGAUGAAAGACCAGGGUUUGAAGUGCGACUCCGCCGUCAACAGUCUGAAAGACUCUUCAAGUGGUUCAUCUUCGCGGCGGGCCAGGCGGUUCUCUGGUGGUGCUCUUGAUCAUUCCACAGCUUGCAUGGCUGCUGUCGCCAAGGGUGAGAAGCUAAAGAGAGCAGAAGAGCCUCUACGAACUGUCAUGUACUUGAGCUGUUGGGGUCCCAACUGA